AUGUCGGUACCAACUCUCAAAAGCUCCGAAAUAUACAAAUCGCCACAAGACCGGACCCGGCUUCAGUCUCUACAAGAUACAUUUGCUGCCCGGUUCAGUGCACCCCCCACAUUCACAGUCCGCUCGCCGGGCCGUGUCAACAUCAUUGGCGAGCACCUAGAUUACUCCAACUUCUCAGUCUUCCCCAUGGCUGUCGAGCGUGAUGUUGUCAUGGCUGUCCGUGUAAUACCACCGGGUCCUUCGGUCGUCAAUGGUGGUGGUGUUGUUAUUGUUGCAAAUACAGACUCCACAACUUUCCCUGAAUCUUCAAUUACUCUACCGCAAUCUACACAAACGUUGGUCGACAUUGACCCCACACGUAACGACUGGGCAAACUAUUUCCGCUGCGGACUUAUUGUCGCCCAAAAAUACCUACAAGGAUCUUACAACUCGGAACUCCCGGAACUCGACCAUCCAAAUAAUCAUCAACAACCUCCUAAACAACUCGCAGGCUUAGAGGUCCUUGUCGACGGGAAUAUCCCCACAGGGUCUGGGUUAUCGUCCUCAGCUGCCUUUGUGGUCUGUUCUACCCUCGUCACUCUGCUGGCCAACGGCUACAACAAUGUCUCCAAAAACCUCAUGGUCCGGCUCUCCAUGAAAUGCGAGCAGCUAGUUGGUGUCAACACUGGCGGUAUGGACCAGGCAGCUUCAGUAUAUGGCGAAUGGGAUCACGCUCUCUAUGUAUCCUUUUUCCCCCAGCUUACCGCAAAGGCUACGGCUUUCCCGGAACCACCAGCGCUAGCAAACGGGCUCCCUGAUGACGAAAACAAAAUGGCGUUUGUCAUUGCCCACACGCUCGUCACUUCAAACAAACACGAAACCGCGCCUAUAAAUUAUAACUUGCGUGUCGUCGAGGUCACUCUUGCAGCCUUGGCUCUCGCAAAGGCUUUGGGUCUUUCAGCACCAAACUCCAUAAUCUCUGCAACAACUUCUUCUUCUUCUUCUUCUUCUGAUAUUGAUGGCCACCCUUUAUUGGUCGAUCUUGUUCUACCACCCACUGGUAACCUUGCCGCCGGUACUCUCCGUGACGUGUUUGAACUCUAUAAGACCACCAGACCCUCCUCUGUCUCUGAUUCAGAUCUGCUUCAGGAACUAGUCACUCUCGUCGAUACCCAUCUUCGUGACGACUAUACUUUUUCCGAUCUUGCUACUCUGCUAUCUACCAGCUCUGAUACUGAGAUUGUCAAUGCACAACUCACGCGUCUCUUUUUCUCCACUUACCCCGUGCGCUACUCUGCACUCCAGCUUCGCAAGCGCGCCCGCCAUGUGUACUCCGAAGCUGCACGUGUAUUUAAAUUUAUGAACGUGCUACGUUUCUCUACAAUGCAAUACCUAGAAACUGUUGCGGAGCUGGGCCGUCUUAUGGACGCGUCCGAGGUUUCGUUGUGGGAGGAUUUCGAGUGCUCCUGUCCAGAAGCCCAGGCGCUAUGCAAGGUGGUGAGGAAACCAAGAGGUCCUCACGGCUCAGAACCACUCGGGUACGGCGCCCGUAUGACUGGUGCCGGCUGGGGAGGCGCAACCGUGCACCUGGUUUUGCAGAAAAAUGUGGCGGCAGUUGUGCAAGCUUUCAAGGAUGAGUAUUACCGAGUCAAGUAUCCUGGAAUCUCGGAAAAAGAGAUGAACGAAGCCAUAAUCAUUUCGCGGCCGGCUGUCGGGACUGCCAUUGUGGAGUAA